AUGGCGACCGCUGAUCUUUUGAGCUCUGCUCCCGAGGCAAUUGAAAGCUGGGCCGAAGCCGUUGAACAAGAAACUCGCAGUGAAUCUAUCAAGGAUGGCGUUAAGACAGUAACCGAUAUGGUGGAAGAGGAUGGAAAAGUCUACAAGGUCGUCACUCAAUUCAAGAUCGUCACCAAGAAGGUCCCCCGCUCGGUGGCCGAACGAAGAGGUUGGCUGAAGUUUGGUGUUUGCCAGAAUGACCCGCCAGGACCUCAAGUCUCAACUACUUAUGUUGCGGAAGAGGUUGAAAUGCAAUUUGUGAGGAAUCGUGCUGGAGAGCAAAUUCUUGAUGUGCAAGAGGAGAAACAACAGGCUAAAACAACUUCUCGUGAGCAUUGUCGUCAUUGCAAAGCCAACGACCAUUGGUCGACUAAUUGCCCAUACAAGGAAAUGUAUCAAGUUGAAGAGGAAGUUGAUUUGAACGCUGCCCCAGAGAAACCAGCUGGCCCUGGCGCGCCUGGACGCUAUAUGGCCCCAGGAAUGCGAGGCGGUGAACGUCCCGAUCAACGACGCUCCGAUGAAAACACGUGUCGUGUCACCAAUUUGCCCCAAGAAGUCGACGAGCAAGAGCUUCGAGAACUGUUUACUCGUAUGGGUCGUGUUCAGCGUGUUUUCAUUGCCCGAGACAAACAGACCAACUUACCAAAAGGUUUCGCCUACAUCACUUACGAUUUGCGACUUGAUGCUGAGAAAGCCAUAGAAAAGCUGAAUGGUUAUAAAUAUGAGCACAUGGUCAUGCACGUCGAGCUUGCAAAACCAAGUAAUAAU